AUGCCCGACAUCGACCCCGCGGCCUUGAGCAGCCGCCCAUCCGUAAAUCUCUCGACACCAACACUAUCUACCAAAUCCAUCACCGUUCAGCCCCCUGGCUCCCUUAAAACCUCCAAAACCAGCCAGAUUAUCCCCGCCCGCAUUGACCUUGAGCCGCUCUAUACCUCCUUGAAGCAGGCCAUUGGCCCGGAGGCAUGGGUCAUUUACAAGGAGUCAACAACAGAGUUUCUCAUCGGUCGUCUGAAUCAAACUGAAUACUCGGAACGAAUCGAUCCUAUUCUAGCGUCCCCCAAUGGCGAGAAAGAGCACCUACACAACCAGCUUAUUGCUGCGAUAUACGGCAAUGUCACAAGAGAGAUGCCUGACCAGGGGCUUGCCCCGUGGGUUAGCGCCAAUGACAAGCCUACGGCACCAGCCGGCAGCAAGCCUGUGUCUGGCGAUGCUGCUGAGCGUCGACUGAAGGGCGAAGUCAUGCAACUUCCGAGCAAAGAUCGUCGACGCAUCAAGGACCUGGCGUCCAAUGAUGUUAGUCCAAGUCUCUAUACCACAUGGCGAAUUCACAGUCUAAUCUAUCCAUCACAGUUCGAUCCGCACGAGAACCUAGCCAAUGCCUUCUUGGAUAACCAUAGACGGCAGACUAAGGCCGCCGAAGUACCACCUAGUGCGGGAGGCAUAGGCGGUAUCAACAAGAUGAAUUUUGACCUCGAGAUUCGUAAACGCUUCGCCCAGCCCUUAGCUGUUGAGUCAGGCGAAUUCCCAGACGCCCCCUUAAUCGAAGGCCGAAUGCUACCAUUCUGCUACGAGGCAGGACUUACGAGCGGACAUGUUCCAGAUGCGGCACACUUCAUGUCAGUGGCAACCGAGACGUUCAUCAAAGAGGCGCUGGCCGCUAUAUUCUCCAAGACACGAAGCAACGGGCCUGGAGAAGGCGGCACAGCCGGCUUCGGUGCUGGCACACAAUGGAUUCAAACACACAAGUACCGCCAUCAGCUUGUCAAAGAGGAGGAUGCGGCCUUGCGAGGUGAGCUAUCUCGUGACAAGAGCGGUCUAUUGCCGAUUGAGUCGAAAGCUGCUAGUGAGCGAGGCCCUCUUGGUAUGGCAGAUGUUAGAAUUGCCCUGGAGAUGGCGGAUAGUGGCCUAGCACAAUUUCCCAUCAUUAAUACGUCAAUAUCGUACGGAUACCGCGAAGGAGAACUCGAAAACUGGCACGACUACACUUGGCUUCCAGGCUUCGAAGAGUUGGCCAACGGUGGCAACAGUGGAAAGGUAUCUGAUGUUCGGCCUUCCGUUACACAGCUUCCUAACGGACACGUCGACGCAAUGGAGGUUGAUUCCGAACCUUGGUGGGAAGGUGCUGAUCCUCAGGACAUGGGCACUCUCGAUUCAGUUCUGGACUCGUGUUUGGCGGUCGGGUCAUAG